AUGGGUUACGCUGAUUCUCAACUAACACCCUCUGAUAUUCCUAUAUAUGGUUUCAAUAAUGCGGAAACGAAGAUCGAAGGCAUGAUCCAAGUCCCAGUAACCAUGGGCACCGAGCCUAGACAGGCCACAUGUAUAUUGAACUUCCUGGUUGUUAAAGCCUCAUCAACCUAUAAUGCCAUCCUUGGGAGGACUGGGAUACACGCUUUUAAAGAAAUUUCAUCCACUUAUCACUUGAAGAUCAAGUUCCCAACUAGGAAUGGAGUGGGAGAAGAAGUAGGAGAUCAGAAGAUGGCCCGAAGCUGUUAUGUCGGAGCAUUGAAAUCCGGAGGAGCUAGGGGGCAAGUGUUACCCAUAGAAGAUCUUGAUGUCCGAGAAGAAGAAGAAGAAAGGAGAGGCAAGCCUGCCGAGGAUUUAGUUCCCAUCCCCCUGUACACUGAAGAGCCUGAAAAAGUUACAUAUGUCGGAGCAUUACUCCAAGAAGAAUUGAAGAACAAACUUGUGAAGUUCUUGAGGAACAAUCGUGAUGUUUUUGCUUGGACAGCAGCCGAUAUGCCAGAGUGGUUAGCCAACCCUGUCAUGGUCAAGAAAUCUAAUGAAAAGUGGAGGAUGUGUGUGGACUUCACUGACUUGAAUGAUGCUUACCCAAAGGAUUGUUUCCCUCUUCCAAGGAUAGACACGCUAAUAGAUGUCACUGCUGGUCAUGAGAUGCUGAGCUUCAUGGAUGGCUUCAGUGGAUAUAAUCAGAUCCGGAUGGACAAGGAUGACGUACCCAAAGUAUCAUUCGUUACUGACUUCGGUGUAUUCUGUUAUUUAGUUAUGGCGUUUGGACUUAAGAAUGCAGGAGCCACGUACCAACGUCUGGCAAAUAAGAUGUUCAAGCAUCUAUAG